CCCGUCCCGACACCCGUCGGCAAUAUAGGUCUCGGCAUAUGUUAUGACAUAAGAUUCGCUGAAUUUGCCAUUUCUUUGGCAAAGUCUGGAGCGGAUAUCUUAACCUACCCGUCGUCAUUCACAGUGCCCACCGGUUCCGCUCAUUGGGAGACAUUAUUGCGCGCCCGGGCUAUAGAGACUCAGUGCUAUGUGGUUGCGGCCGCGCAGACCGGAGUCCAUAACGCAAAGCGCUCUUCUUAUGGUCACGCGAUGGUCGUCGACCCGUGGGGUGCGAUCAUUGGUCAGUGCAGUGACGAAGUUGGUCUCUGUGUGGCGCAAAUCGACUUGAAUUUUAUCAAAUCUGUGCGACAGAAACUUCCCGUUUGGAGCGAUCGAAGACCUAAUCUCUACGGCAAUAUUUUUGCGGCCAUCGGUUCCGUCAAUGAAACAGACACUGGCAGUGAAGAGUCGUUCGCAUUCGGACCGACAGCUGUUGUCAAAGCGAGUCAAGUGUUUUACAGGACCGCU